GUAGCAAAGAGAAACAAGAGAGGACACCAUAGUGAGAGACAGGAAACUAGAGAGAGAAACAACGGAAGAAAGAGAGAUGGAGAGGGGUAGCAAUGUGUAUGUUGUAGAAGGUGGUGAGAGGGACAGGGGAAGAAAGAUGGAGAGGGGUGGCGAUGUCUAUGAUUCACCUCAAGGAGUCGAGAUUCGAGGUCGGUACGAUCACGAAUUCGCGAGGAUUUUGAGUCGAGAAGCUCUCGAAUUUGUUGCGGAUCUAGAGAGGGAAUUUAGACCUCGAGUGAAGUACGCAAUGGCUUGCAGGAAGGAGGCUCAGGCUCGAUAUGAUGGGGGCGAGCUCCCUGGGUUCGAGCCUGGGUCCAAGUGGGUGCGCCAGGGCGGGUGGGUCUGUGCGCCAGUUCCACCAGCGGUGGCUGAUCGGAGGGUCGAGAUCACGGGACCAGUGGAGAGGAAGAUGAUCAUCAAUGCUCUUAACUCAGGAGCUAAAGUGUUCAUGGCUGAUUUCGAGGAUUCUCUGUCUCCAACAUGGGACAACCUGAUGAAAGGCCAAGUUAACCUGAAAGACGCAGUGGAUGGAAGCAUAAACUUUGUGGAUUCAGAUAGAAAGAGAGAAUACAAACUGAAUAAGGAAAACAUAGCCAUGCUGUUUGUGAGGCCAAGGGGUUGGCACUUGCCUGAGGCUCACAUAGUCAUUGAUGGUCAGCCAACAACUGGUUGCCUCGUGGACUUUGGGCUCUACUUUUACCAUAACUACGCCGCAUUCAGGUCCCUCAGAGGAGCUGGCUUUGGUCCCUUCUUCUACUUGCCCAAGAUGGAGCACUCUAGGGAAGCUGCGAUAUGGAAUGCAGUGUUCGAGAGGGCAGAGGACGCCGCUCGCAUUCCAAGGGGUAGCAUACGAGCAACAGUGCUCAUAGAGACGCUUCCAGCAGUGUUCCAAAUGGAUGAAAUCCUUUACGAGUUGCGUGACCACUCUGUUGGGCUUAACUGUGGGCGGUGGGAUUACAUCUUCAGUUAUGUCAAGACUUUUAGAGCGCACCCUGACCGCCUCUUGCCAGACCGAGUGCAAGUGGGGAUGGCCCAACACUUCAUGAAGUCGUACUCCGACCUCCUCAUCCACACUUGCCACAAGCGCGGGGUGCAUGCUAUGGGUGGCAUGGCAGCUCAGAUUCCCAUCAAGAACGAUCCAGCUGGUAACCAAGCGGCUCUAGACCUCGUACACAAAGACAAGCUUCGUGAAGUAAGAGCAGGUCAUGAUGGCACAUGGGUUGCACACCCAGGCUUGGUUCAGGUGGCCAUUGAGGUCUUCAACUCUCACAUGGCAAACCAGCCUAACCAGAUCCAAAGCUCUAAGCGUUUAGAUGCUGCUAACUUAACAGACGAAGACCUCAUACAACGUCCUCGUGGUUCUCGAUCACUUGAGGGCUUACGCCUAAACACAAGAGUUGGGAUCCAAUAUAUUGCAGCAUGGCUCAAUGGAACUGGGUCUGUUCCUCUGUAUAACUUAAUGGAGGAUGCAGCCACAGCAGAGAUUAGUAGGGCUCAAGUUUGGCAAUGGAUGAAACAUGGUGCAGUUUUGGAUGGAGAUGGAGUGAAAGGAGUGAGAAUGGGACUGGAGCUGUUUGGAAGGGUGCUGGACGAGGAGAUGAUAAGGAUAGAGAGAGAAGUCGGGAUUGAGGCAUUUCGAAAGGGAAUAUAUAGGGUGGCUGGAAAGAUGUUUGCUCAGCAGUGCACAUCACCGGUGCUGCAUGAGUUUCUCACUCUAGAUGCUUAUAAGCAUAUUGUCCAGCUUCAUCCCUCAUCGAGGAUUUAGCUAGUGCUAGUGGUCUCUCUCUCUCUCUCUCUCAAAAGCAAAUAAUAGCCACCUACUUUUUGUUUUGGUGAUCACCCUGGAAUCACCCUCUGCUAUGGUCAGCUCAAGUGCCUUCUAUCAUCUGUGAGCACCCCAGGAGUCUCUCUCUCGUCCACCCCCCCCCUUCCCCCCCCAACCCCCACCUCCACCAAACCAAACCAGUGCAUUUCACCAAUCCAUCACACUAUAUUCUGAGUAUUGUAGGUAACCAACUUCCUGUGUGUGCAUCCGAGUGUGGAUAUUUAAUAAUGUCAAUG